AUGAUAUUCAGAUUCAUCCUUAUUUGUCUGCUGCUUCGAGCCGACGUUCGCGCCGAGGAUCGCAUUCAAAGGACUCCGCAGGAUGCCGAUGGUGCUCGUUACUGCGACUUCGACGAGGCACGAAAGAACUACAACGCGACCGAUUUGUUGCAGUGCAUUGAUCGAUUGGCUGCCGAUCUAGCUGAUCGAGAAAGCGACCGGUUGAUGAAUGGAAAGGAUCAGUGGAACGGGUCGACGGGCAGACAAAUCUCAAUCAUGGAUAUUUUUUCCAGCUUCUUUCAAAAUGAUCCUUCACCACAUCAGGGCAACCCCUUUCCGGUGUACCCGACUUCCGGCCAGCAUCAACCGAAUUACCCUACCGUAUCAGGUGGAACGUUCCAGCUGAAUCUUUUCGACGCUCUGUCCUCGAUAUCCCGUCACGACGACUACAAGUGUAUACCCAGGAUACUCUGCGAAAUGGCGAGCGGAAAACUUCCCGGGAGAUCGUUAGGGAAACAAUGGUCCGGCUUCUUCGAGUUCCUUGGAAAGAACUCUUUCACGAGUUUGCUGACCAAAUUCGACGUCGAGACGGCUUCUCCUCUGCUGAACUUUGGCAGAGCGAUGCUGCUCGGAUACAGCAAUCGGGGAAGCUCCACAGUGUGUUACGAGACCUUUCCGAAAUGUCCAAGAAACAUGAACGCACUGAUUUAUUAUUUGAAUAAUUACAAUGGUGGAUUCUUUCGAUUGUUCAAUAAAUUUCAGGGUGGAAAGUAUCGGGAGAAUAUUGGUAUUCGUGAUCACAGAGAUAAUUACUCCAAAAUAGUAUUGAAAGGAAGGAUAACCUCUGGAACGAAGGAUUAUAGAAUUGGACCAGUUCGAAAUCAAAUUUAUUUUCCAAGUGUGAAAUACUACGAACACAACGAAAAACAAAAAUUUUCUGAUUAUGAAGAACCUAUUAAUGAUAAUGAAAUUGUUUUUCCUGGUCAGAAAACAUCUAAAAACGAACCCGUUAGAAACAGCCUAGAGAAUCAUGUACAGAAAUUAGAACCGAACAUCUGGCAGAACAACAUUGCAUUUUUCCCUGAGGAAAUAACUAAUCAGAGGUUCUCUAGAUUUCGAUUUCCUCCAAAUGUCUGACAAUAGCAUAAA